GUGUUACACAAAAACCAAACGCUGAUUUUCGCAUUUCGUUCAUUACACGAUAACAAUUAUUCAAGUUCUAGGUUGAAAUAAUUUUAAUAAACAUUUUAAGCUAAUUUUUUCAAAAUACCAGCAAUAUGGCCUUGCUUUUUUUUAGUUCCGAGAUUUUAUAUAAGAUUGUAUUGGCCUUGUUUAUUUUUGGUAUUGAUUCAGAGUCUGUAAGGAAUUUCGAGGAUUUCCUACAUCAACCCGAAACAUAUGUCCAGCCGCCAAUUCACUACGACCGUUAUGAAGAUACCGAUCCGUAUUGGCAAUUUGGUAGCAAAACAGUUUACAAUUUAGAAAACACAUUUCAACCACUACCAUCCGAAUGUAAACCAAUGCAGAUAUUUAUGAUAAAUCGACACGGGACAAGACAUUCUGCUAAUAGUUAUAUCGAAAAAAUGACCAAGUUGAAAGAUCUCAUAAACAAAAUGGGCAAACCGAAAAUGAACGAAAAAGACGUUGAGAAUUUGAAAAAUUGGGAAAUACACAACGACGGGACAAUAGACAAAAACUUAAGCAGCCAAGGAGUCAGUGACAUGAAAGCUUUGGGGAAAAGAGUACGGGCGGCGUUCACAAGUCUUUUGGACGAACCUUAUGAUCCAGAAAAUGGCGUGUACAAAGUUGUGUCGGCACCAAAACCCCGUUGUGUAACUAGCGCCGAGAAGUUUAUGCAAGCUGCACUUGGAGAUGAAGAACUUAAACUUCCCAAAAAUAUAGACGACAAUGUUUUGCCAAAUUUGUACGUGCUGAAAGAACAAUUACUGUUAAGCGAACCUGCAGUCGAGCCACACGAGUCACCAGAAACACAGAUAAAAAAAUUCAAGGAAAGUGAUACCUUUGCAAAAGUAUUGUCCAGAGUCGCUACAAAAAUGGACCUACAGGAAGGCGUUACUAUCACUCUUGAACAACUGGAAACCAUUUAUGAAUCGUGUCGCCAAGUCAGAGCUACGAACCCUACAUCAACUCCGGUUUGGUGCACAGUUUUUGUACAAGAGGAUCUCAAGGUUUUGGAAUACAUGGAUGACCUCGGUUGGUACUAUUCGUUCGGUUACGGUUGUCCGAUACAUGAAAAAAUCGCUUGUCAUAUGCUCAAGCAGCUCAAAGAUAGUUUCAAAGAAAAAGCCGGUGGUCGGGGACCGAAAGGGGUGUUUCAUUUUGCCCAUCGUUCAAACAUGAUUGUUACAGCAGUGAUGUUAGGCGUGGCAAAGGACAUAAAACCGCUGACCUAUGACAACAUGGACGAGAUGAAAGACAGGAAUUGGAGAACAUCCAAGCUGAACCCGUUCGGUGCAAACAUGACGGCUGUACUGUGCGAUUGUGGCAAUGGCGAAAUGAAGGUAUCGUUUUACAUCAACGAAGUGUUAACACGCAUCGAGUUGGGAGAUGGAAGCACGUGUGAUCUUUGUUCGUGGGAACUUGUCGAAAAGAAUUUCGAUGAAGUUAUUCAAAAAUCGAAUUGCUGAAAUGCUUAAAAAAAAAAAAAAAAUCCCCACUGUAAGCACAUAAAAAACUAACGUAAUAAGGAUUUUAAGUUGUUGAAAUAAAUUAAAGCAAUUAUACAUGUUUUAAGCUUCGA